ACUUGCAGUGAGAGCUAUUCCACUGUAAAGAAAUCUCUCUCUCUCUCUCUCUCUAAUUUAACUAUAAAACACACUCAAAUUUUUAUAAACCAAAAAUCAAAAUAAUUGAAUCUAUAUCUGAAUCCCGAAACCCUAGAUCUUCUUCAUCGAUGGGUUCGCGAAAAGCUCGCGAGCGAGAAAUGCUCGACUCGGUGUGCUCGAUGAUCGCGCUCGUCUUCUUCUUCGUGACCUGCGUCGAGCUCUGCGACGCCGCCACCGUCGUCGACGUUUACCGCCUCAUCCAGUACGACAUCUCCGGCGCCCCCUUCGGAUCUCGCCUCGCCAAGCUCAACCACCACGCCGGCUCUCUUCACUUCCCUGCCGGCGCCGAUCUCUCCCGCACCGUCCUCAUGAUCCCAGUCCGCGACCUCAACAUCACGUUCCUUCAAGACUAUAUUGCUCAAAGACAGCCUUUGGGGGGCUUAUUGUUUCUGCUUCCCCAGAUGUUUAGUUUUGAAAAUAAAGAUGACAUGAGAAGUAAUCAUCAAAAUCAAGGAAAUGACCUGUUGAAGAAUGUAAUGGCAGAACUUGAACAGUUACUUAUACAUGCCAAUGUUCCUUAUCCUGUGUAUUUUGCUUUUGAGGAUGAUGAUAUUGAUGCUGUAUUGGCUGAUGUGAAGAGGACCGAUGCCAUUGGUCAGCCCGCUACUGCAACUACUGGCGGAUUCAAGCUUGUCGUCUCUGUACCAGAACCUAAGAAACUCAUUUCUCCCACAAUCACAAACAUUCAGGGAUGGUUGCCAGGGCUGAAGACAGAUGGAGAUGCAAGUCAACUCCCAACCAUUGCUAUAGUGGCAUCGUAUGAUACGCUUGGGGCUGCUCCUGCAUUAUCAGUGGGAAGUGAUAGCAAUGGAAGUGGCAUUGCGGCACUUCUUGAAAUAGCUAGGUUAUUUUCUCUUCUGUAUUCAAAUCCUAAGACAAGAGGAAGGUAUAAUUUACUCUUUGGGCUAACGUCUGGUGGACCUUACAACUACAAUGGAACUCAAAAGUGGCUUCGGAGCUUUGAUCAACGAUUGCGUGAGAGUAUUGACUAUGCUAUUUGCUUAAAUAGUAUCGGUUCAUGGGAUAAUGAAUUAUGGAUUCAUGUGUCUAAGCCUGCAGAAAAUGUUUACAUAAAACAAAUAUUUGAGGAUUUCUCAAAUGUAGCAGAAGGGUUGGGCUUUAAAGUUGGUUUGAAGCACAAGAAGAUAAACAUUUCAAAUCCCCGAGUAGCUUGGGAGCAUGAACAGUUUUCAAGGUUGAGGGUUACUGCUGCCACACUUUCAGAACUCUUCACAGCUCCUGAACUGCUGGAAAGCACUGGAGGGUUGGUUGAUAGCAGACAUUUUGUGAAUGAAACUGCAAUUAUCAGAAGUGUCAAGUUAGUUGCAGAGAGUCUUGCGAGACAUAUCUAUGGUUAUCAGGGAAAUAACAUCCAAAUCUUUGCAGAUGACGGUAGUUUGGCUGUCAAUCCUUCUUAUAUACAGUCAUGGUUGGAUUUUUUGUCACGGACACCUAGAGUGGCACCAUUCCUCUCAAAGAAUGAUCCAUUUGUCAUGGCAUUAAAAAAGGAAUUAGAAGAUCAUACUCAUGAGGUGAAUGUGCAACAUGAAGUGCUUGAUGGGAUGUUCACCUUUUAUGAUUUGACUAAAGCUAGACUUGCCAUAUAUCAGGUAGCCAGUGUAACAUUCGACUUGCUGUUGCUUCUAGCGUUGGGAUCAUAUUUGAUAGUGCUGUUCAGUUUUCUUGUCAUCACUACUAGGGGUCUUGAUGAUCUAAUCAGUAUAUUUCGACGACCUCCAUCUCGCAAGGUGAAAACAGCUUAGAUGACUGAAGACUGGAUUCACACCCAACUUGCUUCAGCAGUGAAUCUUUCUUAAGUAGCUUAGAUUGAAUCUACAAUGGAGGAUUUGUUAGUAAUCCUCUGUUGGUUAGUCUAGUACUCUAGUGUCACGUGGAAAGAUGUUUAUAAUUUGUUGUGCCAAAAUGAGAAUCAUCUUGUGCGAGAAAAAUUUUGUGAGAUUCAUUUUUUCAGCCUUGUUAUUGCCGGCUUUUUUGCAAAUGACUAUGUAUUCGUUGCGUGCAUCCGCACGUGGUGACUCAAUGUGUAUUGGUUGAGUGCAACUGCACAUGGUGACGGAAUUUGACCUAAACUGCUAAAAGAAACUUUUUAAAACUUAUGCAA